AUGACCACCUCCAUCGAGCAAUUGAAUAUCCCCAACCUCCUCCUCACCGACACCCCAUCUCCAACCAUCACAUUCGAACCCUUCACGCUCCCCCCGACCAACCAACGCAUUCUCGGCCCACCGCAUCCCAGCAACACCGUGAUCCCCCUAGCCCUACGCCCAACAGAGGACAGUAAACAGUCCCUCACUCUCGACGCCAUCAUUUCCACAAUUGAAACCCUACAAUCGCGCGAUCAAGCCUUCACCAAAUACCUCGCGCGCCACGGAACCCUCCUCUUCCGGGACCUCCCAAUCCACAACGCGGACGACUUCAGUAGAUUCGCCCACGCCUUCGGGUACAAGCCGCACGAGAUCAUCGGCAUCGUAGUCGAUCGCCCCGUACUCGCCCCGAAUGUAGCCCCCGCCAACGAGGCACCGAAAGAAGUGCAGAUCUAUAACCACAACGAGUCGCCGCAGGUUCCGCAUGCGCCGGAGUAUAUCUUCUUCUAUAACCAGCACGCUCCGGCGAAGGGCGGGGAAACGCCGAUUUCUUCGUCGUUGGAGUUGUUCCGGCGUGCGCAGGCGGAAAUACCCGAGUUUGUGGAUGAGCUUGCUGAGAAGGGCGUUCUGAGUCGGGUGGUCUACAAUUUUGACAAGCAGUAUGAGGGCGGGUCGACGUUGCGCCAGGCAUUCGGGAAAGAGAUCCAGGAUGGGGACGAUGAAGAGACGAGGCGCAGGAAGAUCGAAGCGCAGAUUGCCCGGUAUGGUCGUGGGGGCCAUACGACGUGGGAAUGGACCGAGACUGGGAUCGUGCUUACCCAUCGACUGCCGGUGAUUCGGACGCAGCCGGGGACGAAUCUGCCCACGCUGUUUACUGGCCUGGCGGCGUACUAUAAGAGGUUACAGGCAAAUGACCAGAGGAAGAAUGUGACGCAUCAGCUCUAUGGUGAUGGGACACCUAUUCCGGAAAAAUACCUGGCGCAUUUAGCCAAGAUUACGGAUGAGAUUAGGGUGCUGCAUCGGUGGCAGGAGGGGGAUGUAUUGGUUUUUGAUAAUAUUAUUGCACAGCAUGGGAGGGAGCCAUGGGAAGGGGAGCAGACGGAUCGUGUGGUGCUGGCAAGUUUAUUCGACGGGCCCUCCGUGCCCGGUGCUUAUGGAUUUGGGGAUUGGGCACAGGUUGUGCAGGCACUUGAUGGGUAG